AUUCCUCAGAAAGUUGUCAGCUCUGUGUGACUGCCAGUAAUACCUCUGACGCGGCGCAUCUCUUAAUUGCCACCCUCGCUGUCAAAUGUUUCAGAUGUGAGACCUCGGGUGUGUCUCGACAGGAAGCAGCAGACUCUGCAGCCUGGCAGGAAGAUUUUUUUGUUCCCGUCUCCUGUUUGAAUGCUGCGUAAUGGAUCCUCGCUGACGUGCCCCCACUGUCUGAAACAGAGCAACACCUUUGACCCUUUCCUCUGCAUCUCGCUCCCUAUUCCUCUACGCCAGACCAGGCCGCUGUGUGUGACGCUGGUGUUCAGCACCAAAGGACAGCGGUACCUCCGCACCGGGCUGGCUGUGCCUCUGUUCGGCUCGGUGGCCUGCCUGAGGAGGAUGGUGGCCGACGAGGGGAAGAUUUCUCCAGACCAGGUGAUCCUGACAGAGGUUUACUCCACAGGGUUCCAGCGCUCCUUCUUCGACGAGGACGAUCUAACGAGCAUCGCUGAGAAUGAUGUCAUCUACGCCUUCCAGGCUCCGCCCCUCUACAUCAGAGGAGGCUCAGCUCGGAUCUCAGGGUACCACCACAGCCUGCCAUCGUCUCCGUACUCCACUGGUCCCGAGGGUCAGAGGUUACCGUCAUCUGGUGCGUUGUCUUCAGAGUUCCUCAACCAGGGCGUCCCGGUCAAGAUCCUGCUGUUGGUGUGCAACGCUGCCGGGGCGGGCCAACAGGCCGUCAGGUUUGGACCUCCAUUUCUAAUGAGGGAGGACCGGGCUAUUUCCUGGGACCAGCUGCAGCAGAGCAUCCUCAGCAAACUUUAUUACCUGAUGAUCAACGGAGCUCAGGCGCAGAAUACCAGGGUGCUGUUCAACAUCCGCGUGGUGGGAGGUUCAGCAUUUUACAGCUACCUGUCACCUCAGGACGGGCGACCGCUCUACCACCCUGCUGUGGACAGGGCUCUGAAGCUCUGCAGCUCAGGAGGACCUCCGCACGUGAAGCUCAUCAUCGAGUGGGAGCACAGGAUCAAGGACUGCCUGUUUGGUAACAUUCAGGAGGAGGUGGUGAAAGAUGCAGAGAGUGUGAGGAACCAGCAGCAGCAGCAUGUCCAGCAGUACAGCUGCACCCUGGACGAGUGCUUCCAGCUCUACACCAAAGAAGAGCAGCUUGCACCAGAUGACGCCUGGAAGUGCCCGCACUGCAAGCAGCUGCAGCAGGGCAUGGUGAAGAUGAGCCUGUGGACGCUUCCGGACAUUCUCAUCCUGCACCUGAAGCGUUUCAGGCAGGUGGGAGAUCGCAGGAAUAAGCUCACCACGUUCGUGCACUUCCCCCUGACGGGCCUGGACAUGAGGCCCCACAUGGUGAGCCGCAACCACGGCGCCCAUCAGCUCCCCCUGCAGCCCGGGUGGAAGCAGUCCCGACGACACGACCUGGCUCCUCCUGACUACCUGUACGACCUGUAUGCUGUGUGCAAUCACCAUGGAGGGAUGCACGGCGGACAUUACACAGCCUUCUGUAGGAACUCUGUCGACGGCCAGUGGUACAGCUACGAUGACAGCAGUGCUGAGCCUGUUCCAGAGGCAGAGGUGUGCACGCGUGGAGCCUACAUCCUCUUCUAUCAGAGAAGAAACACCAUCCCGCCGUGGUCUGCCAGCUCCUCCAUCACUGGCUCCACCAGCUCCUCCACCUCCGAUCAUUGGCUGGUCCGACUCACUGGGGGCAGCGAGAGGGGCAGCGUGGUGUCAGGAGGACCUCUCCCUGCAGCGCUGGGGCCCGUACAGGCUCCAGAUUCUCCUGAGCUGCCAGUGUUUGGAGAUGAACCAUCAAAAACAGCAGAAACAAACGGGUUUGAAGCCAAGCCAUUUGUCCGUGGGACCCAAGGCAGGAGUGUCAGCAUGAGAUCGCCAACAAAGUCCAAGGAGAGUCUGAGCAAAGUUCUGCCACUGCGCUGGUCCUUUGGCUCCAAGGAUCGCAUUAAACACCCAACACCGACCCGGCCUGGGGAGCUGGUGGAGUACCUGGAGUCUGGGCGCCGGCCGCGGUGUACCAAAGACCCCAUCAUCCAACUGGUGGCCACCCCACCACAAAGGACUACCCAGCGAAGAGCCUUCAGUGUGGGACAGGAAUGCGGCUCGCCCAGUGGCAGCAGCCUCAGUUGCACAGACAGACCCUGCUCUGACACUUGUUACUCGCCCAAACUGCCAGAGGGACAGAGCCGAGCCUGCAACAGCAGCAAAGCCAGGGAUGAUGGUUCUCUGAGGCAGAGGUUGUCCAAGAGAGCGAGGCAGGACCAGGGCAGGACCCUUGACCUCCAGCUGCACAGAGGACUCAUUCUAGAAGGUCAAAUCAGCCACAGUGCACCUCAGAGCAGAGACUCCACUCUGAAGAGAACCAAGGUCCAGACAGGGGUGACGUUCAGGCCUCAAAAAGACUUGGUACAUAUGAUCAUUCAAUCUGAGAACAGGGGGGGGCAGGAGGGUCGCAGCCAGGACAGCCUCUUGUCUUUUUUCAAACCUGGUUUCAUAAGGAAAGGCAUUCUUAGGUCACCACACAAGGGGCAAGAACGGCGUGUGAAUGGCCACGGACCCCUGGAGAAGCUGGCAGGAAGUCAUUUAGCCAAACUGUCCCUCUCUAACGGGACGCUGACCACGGCGACACACGAAGACGGGAAGACCGGUGGCGUCCCCGGCUGUGACAGACACAACUGCAAAGUGCAUCUGCUGAACGGAAAGGCUGGAAAACACGAGGCUGUGGACAUCCAGCGCGCUCACAGCUCCAGCAACAUCCAGGCGAAGAUGGAUUUGACUUUCCGCAGGUGUGCCUCCCUGCAGAGGAACGGCGAAGUCGCGGCACAUCCGGAGCACCGCAUCCUGCUGUCGGACAAGCCGGGCUACGCUACUCUGCAGCGGACGCGCUACAGUACCACCUCCCUGGGUAGGCACCGACCCGUCCCCGAGCACUGAACCCGCACUGCACGCUUAGACUAGAUUCCGACACUCGACACACAGCGGUAGGAGCUGUUGAGGCUCUUUCUCAGCUGGUGUCAAACGAGCACAAACAUCUCUGUGCACAGAGAAUUGACGACAACGUGUCCGAGAUGAGACGCUUCCUUGCUGCUGUAAUAAAAAAAUGCAGGAAAUGAGAUGUGACGUGUGGUAUCAUUACAAAACAAGUGUUUGUGGUAAACGCAGAUCCAAGGUCAGUUUUCUAACGAUCAUGAAUAUCAAUCAUAAGCUGUGUCUCAACUCAGACGCCUCUUUCUUCUGAGGACCACAGAGACCACCUCCUUCAUGAAGUUGGACACGAUGACAAAGUUUGAAGGUUUUUUUUUUUUUUUCGAUACAAGCACCUUCAGCUGUUUGUUUGAGUUGAAGCGUGAUACUCUCUGAAGUGCAAUGAAUUCUGGGGAAGGUGGGGCCAGUUAGUUUCCACCAGUUGGACACAUUAGUCGUCUUCAAGCCUCCGAAGGACGUAUUUCCUGAUUUGAGACACAGCUACAGUGAUUACUUCAGCGGCUUGUUACCGUGUGACUGAUUGUUUUGUCUUGUUUUUUUUUUAAAGUGCCUCUGUGACAGCCCAGAAUGACUUUUGAACACUAGGACCUCUCUUCUGAUCUCGGCGCACGGAGAAGCCGCCCAGCUCGACGCAUCGCUGGAGACAGAGCAGAUCUUCUCUCUCCCUGUCAUAGUACUGUUAUAAGUUCUUACCUGUGUGUGUCUUAAACUCAAUCUAUGCAGUUAACGAGGAGAGAAACUGCUGGAAUGAAGAUGGGCUCUAGUUUAACCAAACAGCCGUCAAUAGGUGGUUUUAUUCUGAAAGGCAGAGAGUGAUUUGAUUGGUCCAUUAUACGUCAUGAAAAGCAGCAGAGUAAAAAAAACACUGGAGUCUUUGGAGAAUUUACGGUUCAAUGGGCUCAAACAUGUAUUAACACGUGCACUGUAAGCUGCCAAUCAGCUGCUGAAACAACACGCACCACGGCUUUGUCAUGUAUGAUGAUUUUACUGUUAUAUUACCAUCGCACUUUCUUUUUUUCUUUUUUUUAUUCCAUAUGUCGCUACGUGACCAGAGUUAACAUGCUGAUGAGGCUAAUUUCUAAUUUAGAGGCAAUUAUACCAAAAGUGGCACAAAAAAUUAAAUUGUACGAUCCACGAAUAAAACCAAGAUUUAGAAAUGUGUCACAUUCACACACACACACACACACACACACACACACACAC